CUAAAUACAUUACUUAUCACUAAAUAAGCAAACAUUUUGGUAAUAUACACCUAUAGAAUAGAGUAUGUGAACUAUUCUUGUUCUGAAUGAAUAUUGUAACUUAUUUUCGUGAAUUAAAUCAUGGAAGAAUAUGUCCCUGUAAGUCAGGAGCCUCUCGAUGUUUGCGCCGUUUUUAUGAAAGAGGAGCAAGACGAGGGGGGAGAGGAGACAGGAGACACCUUACAUACAUAUGACUUAAAGAUUGAGAGGAAUUAUUUUGUGGACAAUGAAGAUGGGGGACGAACUUCUCUUGACUCCAACCCACCGCCAGACUCUACAAAAACAUACACCUGCGAAAUCUGCACCAAACCGUUCUCCCAAAAACGCUACAUGACCGCGCACCGCCAACGACACCCGGAAUUCAAACACCUAGCCCUCAAACUCCAAGAGGAGAAGCUACGGCUCGAGCGAGCCAAGAAAGAACAGCAAUUCAUCUGUCUAUACUGUCAGAAGGAGUUCUGCAAUCGUUCCACAGUCAACCGUCACAUGAAAAUACAUACAGACGACAAACCAGUGUCAAAAGACUAUAUUUGUGACAUUUGUCAAAAAGCGUUUGCACAUAAGAGAGAUGUUAGGGUCCAUUUACGUGUACACACGGGAGAGAAACCGUACGAGUGCAAAACAUGCAAUAAAAGGUUCUCCCAAUUGGCCAGUUUGCAGUACCACGCCCAAGGUCAUAUGAAAAUCAAACCAUAUCCAUGCGAUAUGUGCAAUAAGCAGUUCUUAAGGCGCAUCAGUUUAGAACGGCACACGAGAAUUCAUUCUGGAAUAAGACCCUUCGAAUGCCAGUUGUGUGAAAAAGCGUUUACGCAGAAGCGACAUCUAGUGCAGCAUAAUCGGUUACACACAAAGUAUAAGCACAGGAAAGUGGGUUCUAAGUUCGGUCGACAUAAGGACGCUUUUGCUGGUAACGCGAUUGCCACUUGAAGAUUCGUUUUAGAUAAAGUAUGUGAAAAAGCUUACGCAUCGGAACGCUAUAAGCAGCGUAGGCGCAUCUUCAUACUAACGAGCUAUUUCUCAUAUGUAGAAAAUGCAGCUCGAUGCGUUUAGGUGUGAUUGCAUAUUAACUCACAUUUAUAGACGGGUCUAACGUGACGCUUUUCCAUACACUUUUCGACGGGUAGUUGCACAAAUCUCUGUUUUGACAUUUUGCUGGGACAUCAGUCAGCCGCGACCACGACCAGUGAAACCUGAGUCGAAACGUCGGUAAAUAAAGGUAAUUGAAUAAAUUUCGUUAAACCCGUUUAUAAAUGUGAGUUAAUGUGUUCAAAACGCGGAAGUUUUAAAUAUUAUAGGUGUGAUUUUACCCUUAAUUGUAAUCAUAGCCAGAGGGCCUACCUAUGGUCGUGUUUUAAUUUAUCGCCUAUAUAUUUUGUCUAUGUCGUCAUUGAGUGUCAAAUAAAUGAUAUAGUCAACUA